AUGAUGAGAUGGUGUAUGUUGGUGCUGACUGAGACGAGUGGUGAUCUGAAGCUUGUGAUGGAGGAGGACCCCUGUGUCACCGCAAUGUUUGCAGCCACGCAAGUCUUCUUGAGAAAUAAAGUGGAUCUUGUACUAAGCUCUGACCUUCUCUCCCUCGAAAAAACUAAGAAUUGGUCUGAUUUCUAUCAGCACCUGGGAAUUUCUUUCAGCACAAACAUUAACAAGUUUAGUGCAUCAGAGAGAAAUGAUGUCUAUAAAGCAGAUAUUGUGUGUGGUACCAUGGACGACUUCAUGUCGGAUUACUUGCAGUAUGGGUUAGAGGUGAUGGAAACAGGAAAACCUCAUCUUAGCCGAGGGUUUAUCGUUGAGACGAGCAGUCUUAGUUCUUCCCAUACGCUGGAAUUUAAAAGGCUCAAGGAAAGUAAUGCCCUCUCGUUUGCUGCAGAUAUCCUGCAAAGCCUUAUGGGUAAUCUUAACAAUGAGAAUAUGGAACUGAGACAGGAUUUCAUUAAAGCGUUUCUUGUAGUCCUCCACACCCACCUUAAAGAGGACACAAACACUGGCAAUAAAAUCAUCUCCAUCUUACUAAAACUAAAUGAAAGGAAACUGUCUUCCAGCGAGAUCUAUUUUUUGACGAUCCUUGAGGAUCUAACAAGAGUGUUUACCGAAGAUACAGCAAAAGCUCCUGAAGGAAAAUGGUGUUUAAAUUCAUUAUGUUUUUCUGCAAAGAAAUUCGCAAAACAACAAACCAAAGACGUCUUUCAGAUGGUUUCAAAUCUUGCUGCACAACGACUUUGGUCGCCAAAAGAGUCCCUCAUUCUCCUUGAAGCACUGAGUGAUCACCAUUACAAUGAAGAGUGCAUUUCCAUCUUGAAGAUCUUACAUUUCAUAGAAACAUAUCAGGUGACCUCACUUUGGAUGGAUGAGAGGAACCAGUCUCUCCUUCAGCUCUUAAAAACAUUUGAAACUGCGAAACUGAUCCAACACUUGGAAAACAGCUUUAAAAAUGAGAAGGACAAAAGCAUUGACUGUGUCUUUGAGGAAAUACGGCAUAAUAACAACAUUGAUGAAGAAACAUUGGGCAAAUCAUACUCUGUAGUAAAGGCUGUUAACGACAUGAUUAAGUCAGGUGAAAUUACACACCAUAACGAUUUUCAGCGAGCUAGGAAACUGAGUCAGAGCACAGCCAAAGAGGACCUGCAGGAAAUCCUGGCGGUGUUAUGCAAUGCAGUUCACGUGUGCGCAGCUGAAAAGAAGUGGUGGCCCAGAGUUACUCAAAUGACAAGCUGGUCCCUCUUGGCCUUGUCUAAGACUGGCAAGCUCCUGGAGAUGAGCACUGGAGAAGGGAAGUCUUGUGUCAUAGCCAUGUUUGCAGUGCUUCGUGCGUUAAGGGGAGAAAAAGUAGAUGUGAUUUCGAGCUCUUCUGUGUUAUGUGAAAGAGAUGCUAAAGAAUGGGGCAACUUCUACUCCUACUUUGGCAUUACAGUUGACACAAACGUAAAUAAAACCAAAGAUGAAGAUAGAAAGCAAUGCUACCAGAAGGACGUGGUCUAUGGUACAGUCGAAGCCUUCGCUGCAGACCACCUUCGCCAGAUAUUUGAAAUGAAGGAUGUGAGACCUGAUCGCGAUUACCAGUGCGUCAUAAUCGAUGAAGUUGACUCACUGCUGCUGGAUCAGGGAGUGCAACAUACAUACCUGUCAAGCCCCAUGGUCUCCAUGCAGCACCUGAACAUUGUUCUAGCCAUGAUAUGGGGUCAUGUCAGCCAAUAUGGUAUCCUGUCAACUGGCUGUGAGACAUUCAUACAGGGCCCUCCCGCAUCAUUCUACAAGGCAAUUUUUGACUCAAUUGACUCAGACGAAAAUGAAAUAGAUGACCCCACAGACAUUUUGCGAAUUGCUGAGGUAUUAGAGAUUGUUCCAGGAGGAUUUACCAAAAAUAUCUUCCAAAAAGGAAAAGAUGAAAUUCUUGAGGAUCUGAAAACCGUGAGUCAGGAUGCAGCGCUAAGGUUUUUUCAGGAAAUGGAACACUAUGUUCCUUAUGGCUUUACUGUAUACACUUUAGAUGACAAUGGAUUGCUCCGUCUGUCAAAGACCAGUACAUGCGAGCCUAACAUUCCGGAGCUUAAGUUUCUUGUUCUGGAUGGAGGCUUGUGUUGCUCUCUCUAUGAUUCCGAGGAAAUUGUCAGCAAUGCCAUUGCAGAAUUGAUCUCAGUCAAGAUUCAGUACACUCCAAGUACAAACCACAAUACAGACAGAAUCAGCGUUCCUGGAUUCCUGAGAAAUCUGAUCGAGACGAGGAUUUCAGUGUGGGUUCAGAAUGCAUUUCUGGCAAUGAGAUUGAGGCAAGGACGGGAGUAUGUCGUUGAAAAUGACAGAGUCAUUCCUGUGGACUUCAAAUCUACUGGUAUAGUUGAACUGAGUAAGAAGUGGGGAGAUGGUCUUCAACAGUUUGUCGAGAUGAAACACCAAGUCAAACUUAGCACCAUUUCAACGGUGACAAACUACCUUUCCAACAUGUCUCUUUUUCAGAUGUACCAUGGCAAGAUAUUUGGAACGACAGGAACACUUGGAAAUGACACAGAUAUUGAAUUUUUGCAGAAUUUUUAUCAAAAUCUCUCCACCCUCAGAAUGCCAACCUUUAACAGAAGAAAAUUGUUCGAGGUCGAAGGGUCUGUGAAGACUUCAGUUCAAGAAUGGAAAUCUAAAAUAAAAGAUGUUGUCAAGACUCAAAUUUCCCCAAAUUCCUACAGAGGUGGAAGAGCAGUCCUGGUGAUCUGUGAAACUAUUAACAUGGCCAAAGAGAUCUCUGAAGAUCUGAAAACCAUCGGCCCCAGGGACAUUAAACUGUAUUGCCGGAGUGACAAAGACGGUUUGAACAAAAUAAAUAAGGAACUGCUUCCUGGUGAUGUCAUUGUUGCAACAAACCUCGCAGGGCGAGGAACAAACAUAAAAGUUUCCCCAGACGUGAACAGCAAUGGAGGAUUGCAAGUGAUUCUCUCUUUCCUUUCUCAGAACACAAGAGUGGAACUCCAGGCCUUUGGCCGAACUGCACGCAAAGGCAAACCUGGAUCUGCUCAGAUAAUCAUGUGCACCAGUCAUCUACAGGAAACAUUCGGGGCGGUCUCCUCUCUAGAAGAGGCAAAAAUGACAAGAGACAAGAUUGCAGCCGACAAGAUAAAUGACGUGAUGCAGGAGGUCAUAGAGAUGAGGCUGAGGGAGGACCUGUUUUCAGAGUACUGUGACACCCUUCAAGAAAUAUACAGGGAUACAGAUGGAGAUGAAGAAAGAGCUCUUGUCGCCAUCAUGAAUGAAUUCUGGGGCAUGUGGUUGCAGACAAAAUCAGAAGAAAUUGAACAGUUGAAAAGAAAUGAAUUGCAAAGGAGCUUGAAAUCUGACUUGAUUCUUGCAAAAGGAAUGUCUGAAAGUCAAACCUCGCCAUGUUCUAGUAUUUACCACUACACCGAGUUUGGGAAUAUUGCUCUAGAUGAAAAACAGUGGGAUAAAAGCGCCAGGCUUUUUGAAAAAGCAAUGGGGCAGGAUGAGAAUUGGGCAGCAAUAGCAUUUUACAAUCAUGCUUACUGCAUUAUAAAACAGAAAAGGGGAGAUUAUCUCAUCAAAGCCAGAGAGGAUCUCAUUAAAACACAAGAGUCCCUCAAGUAUUUCAAAGAGGAAUGCAUCAUAGGCCUACAUUUAGUGAAAAUGGCUUCUAGUGGCUCAGACAGCAGCAAUCCAACCAGCAUUGAAAAACAGUUAACCACCAAGAGUGCCAUACUCAAUUACUUUGAUGAAAACAUCAGCAAGGCUAUCAAAAAGUUGGACGAGAUCAGAGAGCGAGGGAGAGAUGCAAUAGCAAAUAAAUCACCCAUGGUCUCCUUGGUUUCUAGCCAUGAUGAAGAUGCACAAUUGGAGGCAUACAACCUAUACAGUCGAGGUCUAAACUAUGUGUUCUGCGUGGAAGAAAAGCCUUAUUUCUCAUGGGGUGCUCUGGCAGUUUUCUUUCUCGGAAUUCUGCAAAUUGUUGGAGGAGCACUGCUUAUUGCGUUUACAGGUGGAGUAUUUGCUCAAGUUGGCAUGGGGCUGAUCACUGAAGGAAUAUCAGACUGCAUCGACGGCAUUUAUGGAAUGGCUACAGGGCAAUUCAGUUGGGAAUCGUGGGCUAUACAAAAAGCAAUUUCUAUCGGUGUGUCUCUUAUUACACUUGGAGUUGGAAAGCUGAUUUCAAAGGGCUUCAAAGCUUCUAAAAUGCUGAUAAAGGAAUUUGGAAAAAAACUGAAGGCCAUGCCAAAGUUUUUAUCUAGACAAGCUAAAGAAGGUUUUAGUGUUGUUGCGAAGGCAAAUUUAAAGAAUACAUUAAAAUAUACAGCCAAAGCAAUGGUUAAAGAAAUUGCUAUGCACGCAUUUGGGAAGGUGGAAGAGGCAAUCCUUGAGGACAUACUCAAGAACAUUGAAAAUGAAGUAAAAAAGAGGGUUAUUGAUGAUGUGAAAUCCAAGUUGAAGAAAGAUCCCUUGGCUGCAUUAAUAGAUUCCAUCAUAUUCCUACAUCUUGAAGACAAACAACAGCUUGCCGAUCUCCUGCAGAAUCGAAUCGAAAGGACCAAACUCCUAAACAUUUUCAGAGAUUUAAGUAGUACUUCUCUUCAGCCAUUCUAUCGAGACCUCAGCUGGCAGAACAAGUUGAACUCGACUAUCUUACAAGUGAUUGGCGGUGUUAAAUCAGAAACCAAAGGCGACGCGCAUACCAUUUUAACAGCCAUCCAGGCAAUUCAUAUGGGGACUUUAGCAACAGAUGCCAUCAGUACAGUGCUGAGCCUGUCAAGCGAUUUUUUCUCGAACCUAAAUGAAGAACUGAACAAGUUCAAAAACGAAACAUUCUUCCAAGAGAAAGUGGAGCCAAAGGAGCUGACUGUUUCUGAAAAUGAGAUGCUCCAAGAAUCCAAGCAGGACCUGUAUGGCUUUAUCAGUGCUUUCCUAGCGCAGGCUUUAGUAGAAGUGUUCCGCCAAAAAUUCUCAAAUCAUUUCGUUUCUCACUUGCAAGGCCGUGCAAACGGUAUUAUUGGCCGUUACGUUGCUACUAGCUUAAAGAUGGACCGAACAGUGGCAAAACUCACUGCUGGACAAAACAACAGAUACAUUGCACACAUACCCCAAGAUCAGAAUGCCAAAAAAAUGCUUUCAGGAGAGUCAAACGAACAGUCACUGUCACAUGCGCAAAGGAUCAGGAACCCAAAGACAGCAGGAACCAUUCUGGAUAUCAGAGUUCUCUCAGAAAGUACUGGCACUAAAGUUGUCAUCCUCACGGAGGAUAGUCGUGGCAAGCUUACAAAAAUGCAGGAGCUGAACCCAGAUACUAA